UAUAUUGAUGAAUUGAUCCAAUACAGAUGUAGUUCCUGAACCGAAGGAUGAAGAGGGUUCCCGAAUCAUCAGCUUGCCGCGUUUCUUUUAUAUAAGAUCGACCUUGCCGUCUUCGCACUUUCAUUCGUACCAUCCCUGAAUUUUGUACUUCACUGCAGAUUAAUCCAUCGUCUAUUAUCUCGAGUAUUUAGGGAUUCCUUCGAUUGCUAGACGGCUAUGGCGAAAGACGGUCCCAACUGGGAUGGGUUGCUCAAAUGGAGUCUCGCUCACUCCGACGGAACUCGCCCUAAUCGUAAUUUGAGUGAGGAGGAUCGGAGAUGGUUUAUGGAAGCAAUGCAAUCCCAGAGUGUUGAUGUUAUUAAGCGCAUGAAAGAGAUAACCCAAGUGAUGCAGACUCCUGAGCAAGUCUUGGAAGCUCAAGGUGUUAAUCCAGAAGAUAUUGAAGAUAUGCUUGAUGAGCUACAAGAGCAUGUUGAGUCGAUUGACAUGGCUAAUGACCUCCACUCUAUCGGUGGGUUGCAUCCGCUUCUUGGGUUUCUUAAGAAUUCCCAUGCAAAUAUUCGAGCCAAAGCUGCAGAAGUCGUGACCACUAUUGUUCAAAAUAAUCCACGAAGUCAACAACUGGUGAUGGAAUUGAAUGGUUUAGAGUCGCUCCUAUUAAACUUUUCUUCCGACCCCGAUGUCACUGCUCGGACCAAAGCUCUUGGUGCUAUAUCCUCUUUAAUUCGACACAACAAACCUGGUAUUACUGCAUUCCGACUUGCAAAUGGUUAUGCAGGCCUGAGAGAUGCUCUUGGCUCCGAGAGUGUGAGAUUUCAAAGGAAAGCCCUUUACUUGAUCCAUUACCUGCUGCUUGAAAAUGCUUCAGAUUGCCACAUCGUGAAUGAGCUCGGAUUUCCUCGCAUUAUGCUACACCUUGCAUCCAGUGAUGAUGCUGAUGUACGGGAGGCUGCUCUUCGUGGCCUCCUUGAACUUGCCAAGGAUAAGAAAGGUGAGAAUGGUGGAGGAUUAGGUGAAGAUGAUGACAAGUUAAAACAGCUUCUUGAGGAGCGGAUAAAGGGAAUCAGUUUACUGUCACCUGAAGAUCUUGCGGCAGCUAGGGAAGAAAGGCAGCUUGUUGAUUCACUCUGGAAUACCUGCUACAAAGAACCAUCAUCUCUCCGUGAAAAGGGCCUUCUUGUUCUUCCUGGGGAGGAUGAACCACCUCCUGAUGUUGCUAGUAAGCAUUUUGAACCUCCUCUGAGAGCUUGGUCGGAAAGGCCUCCGGCUGAUACAAGUCCUAAAACUGAAAAGAAAGAAACUCCUUUAUUGCUGGGCUUAGGUCCUACACCUGCACCACCCGAGGCUAGAGAUGUUACUUCCAGUUCUGCAGCGAAUACAAACGGAAACGUGGAUUCGACUUCAUAAUUUAAGCUGUACAUUUAGUAAUUUCCACACCAGUUCAAUGAUCUUGCUUUCCCCUUCCUCUGUGACUACAAUGCUGCCAUGAUUGAACUUACGCAACAACUGAGGCGGUCGAUGUCUAGAACAUCGAACUGGUAGUGGCAACACCACUCCUUUCUUUAUAAUCAAGGUUUUAAUGCAGUUUUAUACCUUUCUGAGA